UAAACCUCUGUCAUAGGUCAAGUAUAUUUCGCGCAAGUUGUGAAUUCGUUUUAAUUUUUCGUUGUUUAAUGUUUGGCUUGCUCCUAAUUUUCGUCUGUUAUAAAUGAGUACAUCAUUGCUAUGGACGUCACACGUAAAAAUUUCAAAGAAGCAUUAGGAAUAAUAUCCAAUGUUUUAAAUGACAGCUCAUUUGUGUCUAUUGAUGGAGAAUUCACUGGUUUACACUACGACAGCAGAGUUAUUCCAAAUGCUUUCGACACUCCAGAAGAAAGAUACCAAAAGUUAAGACAAGGUUCAAUGGACUUCAUGUUGGUGCAGUUUGGUUUGUGCAUUUUCAAGUACAAUGGUAAAAGUUCAAAGUACACAGUUUAUCCUUUCAAUUUCUAUGUAUUUCCAACUCCUCUCAAUCGCCAUGCACCUGAUCCAAGAUUUCUGUGUCAGAGUUCUAGCAUUGACUUUCUUGCCACCCACAACUUUGACUUCAAUAAACUUUUCCGAGAAGGAAUCCCGUAUUUGACAUCCAACAAUGCUCAUGCCAUGAGAGAAGAGAUACUGCAGAAAUAUGCUGGGCAGGGAAUCAUAUUACCAAACAGCCCUGCUUUCCGAACACCUCCAGCUAAAGGUCCCGUCAUCAUUCCAGAUGAGCAUAAGGAGUUCAUCAAUAAUAUUGUAUCAAAAACAGAAGCUUUGUUAAAAGAUAAUGAUAAAACAUCAUUACAACUUGAUCCGUGCAAUGGAUUUCAAAGAAAGUUAAUUUAUCAGACUAUGGAAACUAAGUUUCAAACAAAAUUAAUAGUAGAAACGAAAACAGGAGAGAAGAAAGAACGCUACAUAGUAAUUACAAAAGCUACUUCAGAGGAUGACAAGAAGAAACGAGACCAACUUAGGAUGCAAGCAGAAUUGGAUGAGGUAGAAGAUGCUGUCGGAUUUUCAAAAGUGAUUGACAUGAUAUCGGAGUCGGGACGUGUUGUCGUUGGCCACAAUAUGCUUUUUGACCUUCUGCACACGCUCAAUCAGUUCAGUUGCCAAAUACCUGAGAAUCUUUUGGAGUUCAAGAAUAUGUCACAUUGCGUGUUUCACCGUGUGGUGGAUACAAAGGUUAUGGCAAGUACUCAUCCAUUUAAGGAAUUCAUCAUGAGUUCAGCACUGGGUGACUUACACAAGAGGCUUCAGGACAAUCCCUUCAUACCACCCACAAUAGAAAUGGCAUCAAACUUCAGCGGGUACAGUGAAGGAGAGAUGCACCACGAGGCAGGUUACGAUGCUUAUCUUACGGGUCAGUGCUUCGCAAUAAUGGCCAAUUACCUUGGAACCUUCAUGGACCCUCCAAAACAACGUGUUUCACCAUCGUCUCAGUUUUUGGAACCAUUUAUGAACAAAAUCCAUCUGAUGCGUAGCAAUGACAUUCCAUACUUGAACUUAAAUGGACCAGAUUUACAGCCAUCAAGAAACCAUGUGUUCCAUGUGACUUUCCCUAAAGAAUGGCGUAUAGGUGACCUUCAUCGGUUGUUUUCCCCAUUUGGAUCCAUCUACGUCGCCUGGAUCAGUGACACGGAAGCAUUUGUCUCAUUGUACAAAGUGGCAGAAGCUUCAGCAGUUAUGAAAACCAUUACCAAAGGAGAGGACUACACAGUUGUACCGUACAAUGACUAUAAAAGAGAGAUUUACAGCAGCGUGGAUACAAACUUUGAAAAAGAGAACAAAAAAAUCGACCAACCGCAAGAUGGUAAGACAAUGACUGUUGCAGAUAUUGAGAAAGCAAACGUGGAUGAUCCUGGGAAGAGAAAGAGACGCAUUUCCUCCUUGGAAGCUGAUGCCGAGGUUGCUGAUUUGAUGGAGACCAAGGCAAAGAAACAGAAACCUAUGGAUCCAAACGCAGCACCAUUUGUAUCAAGGAAGGGGGUAAAACCUCCAUUACCAGGUGUCACAGAGGAGGGCGAUGUUGAUGUUGAAGAAGCUGGGAAAGGGGGUGAAGAUGAGGUGAAAGAAAAGGACACAGAGGAAGGAAAAGUUGAACUGAUCAAAACCAAUUUUACCAAAGAACCUGUUGAAGAUAAAGAUGUGAAGAUGUUUGAAGAACCAGAAACUUGGUGAAUGCUGCUGCAUCAUACCAUAGAUAGAAUCAACUCGGAGGAAGAAAGGCAGUCGCAUGAAUUAUGACAAUGGUGUCCCAUUAAUGUUUGAAUUCCACAGUUUUUCUGUAAUGUUAUUUGAAUUGUUCAUAUUCAUGUUGUAUAUCAACAGAGUACUUAUUACAAUAAACAUUUUUGUAUUAAUUCCGAAAGUUUUUAAUGUGGAAUUAUCUAUUUUGGUUAUUUGUUUACUUUUAAAGGUUGUGGUUGUUGUUGAGUAAUAUCUGUAAUUAUAAUUACCUUUUAAUUUGCUCAAUUCAAUUACAACUCUCUUGUUGUUUGAUUUUUAGUUUUUAAUUCUUUAAUUUUUUACUGGUCUCCAUCCAAUUGAAGACAAAUUUUGGGAUAAUAAAGAUAAAAUACGUUUGUCAAUAUGGGACAACAGAUAAGUGGUCUUUAAUUGGAGGUAGUCCUUAAUUGGAGGGUUUUUAAUUAGAGGGAGAGCUAUAUUUAUGUUUCAUAAUAAAUAUAAUAAUAUGCCUGAAGAAUUCCAUCUGGUUUUGUAUAAACUAUAGCUUUUGGAAAAAGAAAGUGAUUCGGAGAAAAGGAGAAUAAUAGAAUCCAUUUGCAUAAGAAAACAACCUAAAAGUAUGAACAAAGGUUUAGAGUGUAUGAACUUUAGCACAUUUAUGUCAAUAAAAAAAAAAGCAAAGACCAAGGGCCUAGGGGAAUGUUCUACCAUCAAUCACCGGAUGUUAGAAUGCGUAACUGAACAUCAGGGAUAAGACCAAUCCCAACUUGUAAUCAGUUUGAGGAAAGGUACCUGAUUGGACCAGAAACAUCACCGAGGUAACAUUCAUUAUUGUUAUCUCAUAGGUUGUAAUAAAAUGAAAAAAGAAACAAGCUAAUAGUAUAACUACACAUCACAAAUUGAGUUUUCCCAAGUGUUUUUAGAUUUUCUAUUAUUUUCAUUCUGCAGACAUUGUAGAUGCUUUUUUGUAUUUAUUAAUAAAAGUGUGAGAUCAUAAA